GUCACACGGACUGGCUGAAGCACAGUGUCUGCCUUUUUGCCCGCGCUUAAGAGGCGCUCAUGGAAUGGAAACGUGAGCAACCGCUCUCGGCGGGUGCCGGGCCUUCCGGCCUUGACCAAUGGCGACGCGCUGGAUCCCGCGGCCGCUCACCAGCCCCGGUCUCCCGGAGCGACCGCCCAGAAGACCCGGAGAGGAGGCACCGCUGCGGCCGCUCCUGUGGAGCGGGGCGCGCGGGAGGCCCUCAGCGGCGCGGCGUCCGCCCCUUGUCCCCGCGGGGGCUUACGGGGGUCGGAGGCCCCUGAGUGCGCUCGCCGGCUAGCUCAUGUCCGUGCCUCCCCUCCUGCUGAUGCGUUCGAGGGCCAAGACGGCAUUCUUCCUUUCAAAGGAACCGUGAGAGAAGUUAUGCUCAUGGAUAACGGUCUCACAAUGCACCCGCCAUUGAGAAAGCCACCUUCAUCUGCCAGCCCGUGUUUUCUAUACUCGUUCCCCAUCAAACACUCCGGAGACUUUUCCCCUUUUUAUGCUAGUAAUUUUUAAGAAACAUUCUGUGUCACAGAAAUGCUGCGUUUUAUUUUUCCCUCUCGAUCGCCCUUCUCCCUUGCACAGCGGGAAACUGGUUUGUCACCGGCCAAUCGAGCUCGCUGUGUUCGCGGCGUAGAUAAAGGUCUUUCGCCGCCAUGAUUGUUUGGGCCUUCGUUGGAAGCCGCGAGACCUUGCACGGAGGACAUUUUUGUUUUUGGAAGAUCCCGCGCGCUCUUCCGGCCGUUAGCUGAGUGUUCGCCGCCAUCUUAAGUCCUGGUUGUGGCUUCAAGCGGGCCGCGAAGCAACCCAGGCCAUCUUGUGUUUGGGCGGCAGCAGGGCUUCUCUGCGCGCCCGGGAAGCGGGAAGGAGGUCGGCACCCGAACACCCGAGCUUCCAAAGGCUGGCUUGUGAGCCUCUGGCCGCCUUUCUAGUCUGAGUUUGCACAGCCAGGUACCCUGGACAGUAACUAAACAAAAGCCCGACCCCAAACCCUGCCACCAUCGUAGGUCUAUAAUUAUUCUGGAAUCAGUAAACCAUGGCAUCAAAGAAAUUUGCUGUUAAAUGUGGGAACUUUGCUGUCCUGGUGGAUCUUCAUGUAUUGCCGCAAGGUUCAAGCAAAGAUACUAGCUGGUUUUCUGAACAGAAGAAAGAGGAAGUCUGUUUACUGUUAAAAGAAACCAUUGAUUCAAGAGUGAAGGAGUACUUACAAGUUCGUAAACAGCACAGGCCAUCAGAUACAGAAUUCACAAGAUCCAAUCCCUUGUCCUUAAAAGGUUACGGCUUUCACAUCACAGCCUAUUUCCUCAAAAGAGGAGUACGUCUCCGCUGCCUGAGGGGCUCGCCACGGACAGAACUCCAAGUGUUUCCCGACAGGUUUGUGGUCUGCGUAAGUCAGCUUGCGUUCAGUCGUGAUCUUUUGGCAAGUCAGAGUGAAGAUUUGCCGGGACGAGCUCUCCAUGGAGCGACAGGGGAUCGUACUGGGUGUGUGGAACAACUACUUCCUCCCAGGGCAGAGCCCAAGAGAAACGUUCUGCAAGAAAUUGUGAACAGAACUGAGACAAAAAGCAGCGCCGUGAGCGGAUCUCGGAGCAACGGGCCCAGUGUGGGAGCAUCCAGUGACUCCGUGGCUGCAGAGGGAGCGUGGAGGAGGGGGGGCCGGCCAGCCUCAUCCAGCCCCCCGGCCGUGGGACAGGCAGAGGAUGACAGGAAGGCGUCUGAGACCCACCAGGGGCUUCCUGCUCUGAAGCUGGAGAAAGGUCAUCAGGCCUGGCCGGAGCAGCAGAAACCUCAUCCCAGGGUGCGGUUGCAGACCGGGCUUCUAAGCAGGAGCCUUGUCUGUGGCUGUGAGUCAGCAUUCCCCAGUCCAAAGCAGAGUCCACGAGGGGCCGGAGCACCGCAGAAACGCAGGAAGCGCAACCCUGCGGGAGACGCCGACCACCACAAGAGAGUUUCUCUUGGAAGUGAUCGAUUAGCCCCGAGGGAAAUAAUAGGGAAAAGGAAAGCUGCCAGGGUCCUGCCAACUUGAGAGCUGUCAGAUCCGGGGUUGCUUUUGAAACAAGAUUUGGCAGAAACUGCAUCUAAUGAAGAGUUGCAUGUUUUGGAAACUCUCUCCUCCAGACAUCUUACGAAAAAUAAGCCAGGGCAGGCACACUCAGCCACAAACACUGAAAGCUUAGCUCUGACUCAGGGCAGCCCAACCAAGAAAAGAAAAGGGUGGAAGCAGCUACUUGCUCACAGAAGAGGAUUGCAGCCUCAUCGUGGAGGAUGUCGUGACCAGACCUGGGACAAAUGAGCAGUGUGCCCAGAAGCCAUGACUUACCAGAAUUCAAAUGAUCAUUUUCAGUAGAAGUUAUGUACCUGUGUUGGGCUUAACUUUCAAACCAGCAGCCUCCAGGAGCUUGUUCUGACAGCACUGUUCCUUUCUGGUUCACACUUUAACUUCAGAAAAUUACUUUGGUGAUAAAGAACCAUUGGCUUUGUUGGCAGCGACAGCAUCCAUAAAGGAAGCACAUGAAGAAACCAGUGGUGUGCCUCGUUGCAUCCCUGGAUGAAGCCCGCAGUGACCGUGGUGCUCUCUUUGCCGGCCAAUCCUCCUGCCCUGCAGCCUGAGUCAGGCAGCAGUGGAGCAACAGGCUUGCGGGUCACCCCACUGCUUGCGGCCCCAGCGUCAUAUCUGAAAGUGUGUGAGAAAGGCAGAGCCUGGGCCCCACCCAGACCUACAGAAUGAGAAACUGGGUGAUUCUGAAACAUGCUCAAGUUUGGCAAGCCCCGGGCUAAUUGCAGACCCCCUGGGAUUGAUUCCUGCGGCCUGACUGUCCUGGCCCCUAGCACAUCAGCAGGGCCCACGUGUGGACAUGCAGCCGUCAUGCCCCCUCGGACCGACGAGGCUCAGGGGGUGAAGCACUGGUCCCAGGUCCUUAAGCAUGGUGGCCACAGCGCCCUGGGAGCUGUGACUGCACUAAGAGUUGCAGGAUAUUUACAUAUAGUUUGGCCUGACAUUAGGGGGAGACAUCAGAGAGGCUUGUUCUUUCUUGUAGUUCAGGCAUGUCCCUACCCCUUGCCCCUGCCCCCACCUUUAAGACUCUGGUGAAGUUCAGAACAGAUCCAAGCCCGAGGGGAAUUCAGUGGGCAGAGUUUGCAGUUCCCCACUUGGAAGGCAGCACGGGCAGCUUAGAUUUCAAACCAGGAGCCUUCCAUUUGCAGGAUCACCCACUGUUGUCUCCAGUGGGCUUGCUGAAAUGUCAUGUAGUGAAUCAUAGCAAUGACUUAUUUUGGAUGGACAACUACAGUAGAUUUUCUUAACCAAGUUUUAUUCUGAAAUAAUGAAGGAAACUAUAUUCAAAGGCCACCCAUCAAAUGUGUCUUUUUUUCCUGCUCAACAUUGGGUGGUCCUUCGAAGUAAUACCUCCUCUCUAGUAACACGGAAAAUCAAGAUAUUCCCCAAAGUGUAGGAGUUAGCAAAAAAAAAAAAAAAAAAAAACAGAAAAAGACCAACAAAAUAAAAGAAUAUGGAAAUGGAUACAGUGUAAGUUCAUGCUUAAGAUUAAUUAGUGGUUUCUUUCUCCCAGCUCAUUCUGUCCGUCCCCAACUCUCCUUUCCUUAGAUUGUAGGGCAGGACUCCUGAAGAGGCAGCCGAAUAUCAUGGCACCAUUUUGGGUCAUGAAGCUUAGUCUUCCUUGCCAUGCCUGGCUGCAGAUGCAGGCCCUCUUCUUUGAAGCUCCAGACUCUUCUGGAGACUUCUUCCCUUCCUGGGACCCCAGCCUCAACAUCCCCACCAGGAACGUGGCCCUGCCUACUGACGUCUCUUCCUCUUCCCUCCUAGCUCUUAAUCCUGCCCCAGGUGACUCCGUUCACUGGGCUCCACAGUAGAAGAGGUAGCCCAGCAGAAGACCAACCACAGUGCAGCGGAGUCCACUCCUCCAGGGAGUGCAGACUGCACAGGGUGGAACCCUCCUGCAGAGGUGAUAGAACAUGGUCUGUCCUGAGCCCCGUCUCAGAGUCACCCGUUUCCUGGGUGCUUGUCACUGAAGAUGGGCUCACAGUGUGUCGUUGAGUCUUAAACAGAAACAGUUGUUGCAGUAGUUUAAGCAGAGAGGGCACAAAAUAACAACCCAAGCAACAGGCCAAGAAACUGAGCUCCCUGGAAGAGUCUGGAAUAAGGAAGAGCCAUCCCAAUAGCUGCUGCCUGCCCCAGAACUAGGGGAAGCUGUUUGAACUGGAGGCACCAGAGAAAGUUUUUAUCAGGUUUUUUAUUUCAUUAGUUAACCUGGGCCUGGUGGUUAAAGCCAAUACUUGUAUGUUUAAUGAUUAUCUUUCAAGAAAAUUCUUGGCUUUAGAGUUUGGUGUAUUUGUGGAUACAAUGAUGACUGAGUUUGGGACGUCCCAUCUCCCAGUGCAGGGCACACGGGUUCAGUCCCUGGUCGGGGAACUGAGAUCCCACAUGCCGAGGGGCAGCUAGAGAAGGCCGUGUGCCGCAGCUAGAGAAAAGCCUGUGCAAUGCAGUGAAAAGCCAGUGCGGCUGAAAUUUAAAAACAGAAAAGUUGUUUAAAGGCUGUGUCAUUGCACGUUUGGCUGAAGAUCAGUAGGGUCUUUCUCACAGCCUUCAUGUCCAUGGGUUUUAACAGUAUUAGCAAAGGGACCAACUUUCCCCUUCUGCACAGGGGCAUGUGCUUGAGGAAUUUCGCCUUUAAGCAUUUUCCUUCCACAUGUCUGAAACACCCCUGGUUCUCUUGUUUCUUGAGUGGUUGUUUGAUUCUUUGGAUAUUUGGAAGUUCAGAGGGGAAAAUGGCUGCCAGGUUUUUUUGUUGCUUAUUAGGUGGGAAAUGAAGACUUGGUUCCCUACUGCUGGAAGUGGGUGUGUUUUGAUAUUCUUGAUAAUCUUAGUAAUUCAUCUUCAAAUCUGAGACUCUGUCAGUAUUCUUGGUUAAAAAGAAUAAGUUCUUCAGCCACUCACUUAAUAACCCAAAUUAAAUGUAUAUUCAAGUUCCUGUAACUCUGAUGCUUGGAAGAAAUAUGGAUCCUGUUGAUUAAUGUUAUAACUUUGAACUCCCUAACUUUCUCAAUGUCAUGGCUUCUAAUUCAUCUCCAUGUGCUUCCAAAUGACUUUCUAAUAGAUUGGUUUGGUUUUUUUUUUUUUUAAUAUUCAUAAAUGUCUGAGAACAGUCAGUGUGACUUUUCUUCCACAUUUUUCUUUUCUUUGCUUCUGGAGGUUACCUGUCAUCCAGCCAUGCAUGUACAUUGUGAAAUGCAAAGGAGCAAACUUUAGGGCAGAGAGGAAUAAAUGUUACAGCUUUUGUUCACUCAUUUUAAAUGAAAAAAGUGGGAAAAUAUAUUUCAUUUUAUAAAAAGCAAGAGUCCCAAAA